AUGGAAAAAUUAACCAAUUUCGUGUCUCAAACGUUCGAAACUAACCUCAGCGACAACAAAAUAACUAACGGAUGUCUAAAUCUGACCAAUCCGGUCAAAACGGAAAUUUCCUGUAUGCCGGAGGAAAAUCAGAGCCAGAAUAGCGAGAUCAACCAGAAGAGACCGAAAAAUUGGCUGAUAAGUGAUAUUUCCCGUACGACAUCUUCAGAAAACAGCUCGGAUUGCGAGGUUGGGGACGUUGUUUGUUUCAAGAAUAGGUUCAACCUGAAAAUCGUAUCGAAAAACGGUUACAUCUCACCGUCUUCGUUCGAUGUUAAAAAGAGUGAUUCGAAACAUGAAAGUGACAAGAAACUGUCCAGCGAGAACAUGCUCAAGACCAUCCUCAACGAGGAGAAUAACGCCACCAAGGAUAACAAUUGCGAGAACAUCGAAGAUUUGAGCGACAAGAACCGAUCUGAGGUGAACCAGAAAAUCCUGACCAAGCAGAGAAGAUCCCGCACAAAUUUUACCUUGGAACAGCUGAACGAAUUGGAGAAACUUUUCGACGAAACUCACUACCCUGAUGCUUUUAUGAGGGAGGAAUUGAGUCAAAAACUCGGACUCAGUGAGGCGAGAGUCCAGGUAUGGUUUCAAAAUCGCAGAGCGAAAUGUAGAAAACAUGAAAGUCAAUUGCAUAAAGGUAUGAUAAUGAAUCAGUGCGAAUCUUCAACGAGUUCAAGUCUGGAACAGUGCAGAAUAGUUCCUUUCAUGAACGUAUCCGCAGCUCUCAGAGGUCUAGCACUUCCAGUGGACUCUGUAUCACUCACCAAUUGUGAUAGUGUAUCAUCUAAAUUAUUUUCAUACACGGACGCCACUGCCUUCACGUCUUUCGAUUCAUCAUUCUUGUCCGCUGCACACCACUAUGCUACAGCCGUUGCCAUGAACGAGACAUCUACGAGGAUCUUCUGUCAUCCCAGAUAUUCCCUAGGUUUCGCAGCCAUCUCUGAGGCGCACAAAAAUUCAAGCAUUGCGGAUUUAAGACUAAAGGCGAAAAAACACGCCGAGGCAAUACGAUUAGCAACAACGUCUAAAGAAAACGAUAAUUCUCAUUAGCUUCCUUUUUAUAAAAUAUGCGUCUUUAAUAAUCGGUGGAAUAGAUACCUACACAAACUUUCUAAUAUUUCUUGUGAAGCAGAAUCUUAAUUUCAGAAACUUCAAUUGAAAUAUAGUUAGCGAUUGUUGUUGUAACAAAUUGAGCUUCAUAUCGGGACAGGAACUCAAGGUGUAUAGGAAAUGAAUAAAUUAUGUUCUCUACUUUGACAAGAGUUUUUGCUAACAUGUUCCUCUUGAAUUCCAGAAUGAACGCAUUGGUAAAAGUGUAGAUAUGUAUAAAUGUAUAUAAGUACCAUCUUCCUAUUUUGCUAAGCAUGUAGAAGUCAGCUAUUCAUUUACAUUGAAUAGAAAUAAU